UACUGCUUCAAGUAAUCAGCGGGAAAACCCUGCCUGUUGACUUUAUAAAGGCACUCAAGAACCCUCCACGUUAAUCAUACCAAGGUCAUUACACCAAAGAUGGCUUUCCAUCGAGUUAAGAUACUGUCUAUUUACGUAUCUAUCUCGUUUCUUCUUCUUUGCUGUUCGUUUGCGACAAGCCAGUCUAAUCCAAAAUGCCUUGGAGCCUUCGAUAUAUACUUCAUUCUAGAUAAAUCAGGAAGUGUCCCCCUUCUUGACUUCCAGGGUGGGACUGUCAGCUUUGUCGAGAACGUUACACAAAGCUUCAUAAGCCCCAAUCUCGGCAUUUCAUUCAUCACAUUUUCCAAUGAAGCGGAAGUCAUACUGAAGUUGACUAAAAACAGAACAAAAAUCGCCAAGGGGCUCGAUGAUCUUCGUCGUGUGGACCCCGACGGAUCGACGUAUCUUGCUGGAGCUAUCAAAAAGGCAAAUGAACAAAUUAGGAAUCUCGGUAAACAGACUGCCAGUGUCAUACUUAUUCUGACUGAUGGAGUUCUCGGCGAUGGUACAGCGUCAUAUGACCAGGCGAACAUUUCAAGGCAGCUCGGAGCAUCAGUUAUAGCUGUUGGCGUCGCCAAUUAUGAAGUAGACCAGCUGAAAAAGUUGGCAAGCAAGCCAUCAGAACAGCACGUCUUUACUGGCCCAAGCUACGAGUCUCUCACGAACAUGAUUGAUUCUAUUAUCAACAAAUCUUGCAUCGAAAUUCUGUCUGCCAAUCCAACACAAGUCUGUACAAGAGCGCCAUACGCGGUCACAUUGUAUGGUAAUGGCUUUGAUAAAACAGACAAUAAAAGCAACGUCAUCUGUAGCUACAGUUUCAACGACACGUACCGCAGAGUUCAAACUCCAACAGAAGUGCAGCCAAAUCGUCUUGAAUGUCCAGGGGUAAUAGUGAAUGAGACGGGCAGCACGAUUAUCCUCCAAGUUUCUGUGAAUAAGGGACUGACCUUCGUGUCAAGCAAUGUAACAAUCACAUCAGAACAUUGCGCACCGGCUACUGAAGCGUCAUUUGGAAUAGAUACUAGUUUAGCUAUAUUACUCGCUGUAUUGUCCCUGCUUCUCCUCGCAAUUCUUCUAUGGUGGUUUGCACCUCUCGCAUAUAAAAAGAAACCACCAAAGCAGACACCAGCCGCUCCUGUACCGACAACAGCGACUAAUGUGGGUCAUGGAAAAGGCAAAUGGCCGACAGUAGACGCCUCGUAUUAUGGAGGGGGUGGUGUAGGGGGCAUCGCACCUGUCAAGGUCGACUGGGGAGAUAAGGGCUCUACUGAAGCAGGAUCGAAGCUUGCAAAAGCCAAGGGAGCAAAAACAAGGACUGAUGCCGAAGGAGGAAGCGGAGGAUCAGGGGGGAGGUCCAGGGGAUUUAUGGCUACUGUACGAGCUGGGAUUGCUGGAUUGUUUUCUUGGACAUCGCGAGCGUAUCAGCGUGUAGCGUCUCACAGACCUCGUCGUGGAUGACAAAAUUACUUGUAUUCAAGAGGCUGACUUAUCUAAUUUCCUACCCGCCAAUAACGUGUGAGUAACGUAACUCUGACCUCUUGACGAGCCUGUUGUCAUGGAAAUCUAUUGAGAGUACUCUGAUGCUGUGUUCAUCUUUAACUUCAUACGUAUUGCAGCUUUUUAUACUUCUUGUAGUACGUGCCAGUGCCUAAGCGUUCUUUACUCGUUUUUGUUGUAGUAGUGAGAAUGCAUAAUUUUUAUUCAUUUCUUUACGUUGGCGUAAGGAUUGAAUUGGUCGUUCGACAACGUCAAUCCCCACCCUCCACCCCCCAGUAUCCCAUUAUUCUUACUGCGUACAUUGGUGAAUGCCAUUCUGUCGACCACGCCCAGUAAGAAUAACAAGGUCUGGGGUAGAGUAGUUACUUCCAGUGGUAGUACGUAUUUGGUUGACAGUGCGCAUGCGCAUUUUACCACUUUGAAGAGUUUUAGUGUUGUAGCGUGUUGUGACAAUCAGCUGUCAUAUUACCCUAUAAAACAUAGAAU